AUGAUUAACGCCAUCUUGCGCACGCUGUUCAGCAUCGAACUUGCUUUUGCUCAGGUCAAAAGCAGUGUGGGAGUGUUCGGCCAUGUCUCUGCAUACUUUGGUGUAGUCGAAUCCCAAGGACGUGGAAGUCUGCACCUGCAUAUGUUGAUCUGGCUGAAGGACGCGCCUACGUCUGAUGAAAUGCACAAGCUCCUCAAGACGGAAUCUUUCUGUGCAAAGGUACAGGAGUACAUUUGCACUAACCUGCGUGCCUACGUACCUAGAUUGGACACGGUAGAGGACAUCAAGAAGGCCGAGAACGAGAAGGAGAUUGCCUAUUCACAGCCGCCUGAUCCUGAUGGCGAGAACUAUGCUGCAGAGCUGGUUUCGUUUGAGCGGCGUCUCGAGUGCAAGCGGAAGGCACCGUUCGAGGUUUCAGAGGACGACUACGUCACAGAGAGCGGAACCUGGGGAUCCAAGUGA